AACUAAUUGCCUGUGUAUGUCUGAUAUUGAUAUUACCUCUUAAGAAAACACUCUCGAACUUCCUAAAUUUGAAGAAAGCCUCCCUGAUAUUAAACCUGAACCUCGCAAAGAUCUUAAAUAUGAAAUUAAACACGAAUCAAAAUCUUCAUUUGGUUAAUCAUCAAAAGAUCUUAUUGAAUAAUAUAAAAGUAAAUUCAAUGCCUUAAAAUAAUUGGCUGAAGAAUAACAACCUGUAACUAUGGAACCUUCUGUCAUUGAAAAAUCUGAAAAAUCUGAUAUUUGGAAAAGUGAUGCUGAAAUUCUCAAAUCUCCAAAAGAAUGGGAUUGGAAUAUUUUGGCAUCCAAAAAGGCUUCAACUACAAGUAAUCAAAUUUAAUUUGAUACUCAUGUACCAGAUCCCAUUGCUUGUGAAUAAGAACAUAAAGCCUAAAUUGCCUAACAUAGACAAAUGAUUAUGGGAGUAUUAGAUUAAAGAAUUGAACCUGGUUUGAGAUUACCUACAACUCAAUAAUCUUAAAAGCCAGUCGUUGGUGGUGAAUAACAUUCCAAUUAUUAAAAUAUAUUAGAAAAAUUUAGAAGUGCUUCUUCUUUAGAUGAUUUGACUACCUUCUUCAAUAGUGUAUAAUAGAGAAAAGGAGUAGAAUAAGCAGCCCCUUAGCAAUAAUAACAAUAAUAAGAUGAUCUAUUCUCUACUCUUGAUAUAAGAAGAAACAAGAAGUCUGAAACCUAGAUUUAACAAUAUAAGACCCCAAGCAAAUCAUAAGAGGAAAUCUUUGAAUAUGGUUCAGGGAAUAGAACAACUUCAUUUUUCUAAAAGAAACCAUCAGCCUAAAAACCUUUAUUGUAAAGUCCAAGUUUGGGUAAUUAAUUCAAUUAUAGAUCUGAUUAAUCAGUUACUUCUAAAGUCACUUAAAAUAUGAACUUUUAGGUUGAUGUUAAAGAUCAUAGUAAAACUAAUAAGAGAAAGGAAGAACUUUAAAGUUUUAUGGGUAAAUUAGGAUUGGGUAAAUAUGAAACUCCGAAAGUGGUUAUAAAUUUGGAGAGUAAUACUUAAAAUAGUAAGAUAUUUAUAUAAUUAUUAAGAUUCCACAAUAGAUAGAAUGAGAUAAUAUGUAAAUGGAACUCCAAUGAGUGCAAGAAAGACUGGAGGAGGGUUGAAUGAUUUAAUAAAUGAACGAUCAUUGAAUACUACAACUUUUAAAUAGCAAAUAAAAUCAUAUCAUAAAUCUGGAUCCAAACCAGAUUAAUAAGGUCGAUUAAGUGCAGACAAUCAAAACUUAUCAGAUUAAUCACUUAAAAAUUUGCAUUUAAAAUUGGUUCAUUAAUAGAAGAAUUCAAUAGGAAAUUCAGGAUUAAAAUAUGCUAGAUGCUGAUUAAUACUUUAUUAUAACGAAU